AUGGUGGAGCGGUCCCCGCAACACUGUGGCAUCGGUGCGGUGGCGGCCGCGUCUUCAUUUCCCGAGGACUUCUCCAUUCUAACCACUGUGAAAGCCAAGAAAGGCAGCCAGGCCUUCCUGGUCUCCAUCUACAAUGAGCAGGGCAUCCAGCAGAUCGGCCUGGAAAUGGGCCGCUCUCCGGUUUUCCUCUAUGAGGACCACACAGGGAAACCAGGGCCAGAGGACUAUCCCCUCUUCAGGGGCAUCAACCUGUCGGAUGGCAAGUGGCACAGGAUCGCUCUCAGCAUCCACAAGAAGAACGUCACCUUGAUCCUGGAUUGUAAAAAGAAGACCACCAAGCCCCUCGACCGCAGCGACCACCCCGUAAUCGACGUCAACGGCAUCAUCGUGUUCGGAACCCGGAUCCUGGAUGAGGAAGUGUUUGAGGGUGACAUCCAGCAGCUGCUCUUUGUCUCGGACCAUCGGGCGGCUUACGAUCACUGUGAGCACUACAGCCCAGACUGUGACACCGCGGUCCCCGACACCCCCCAGUCACAGGAUCCCAACCCGGAUGAAUAUUACCCAGAAGGAGAGGGGGAAGGCGGCGCGUACUACUACGAGUACCCCUACUACGAGGACACAGAGGACCCGGGCAAGGAGCCCGCCCCCACCACCAGGCCCGUGGAAGCUGCUAGAGAGACCACAGAGAUUGCCGAGGAGCAGACCGCAGCCCCCACAGCAGCCCCCUCAGUGCCCGACACCAGCGAGGGGGCCGGGAAGGAGGACGACCCCGGCCUCGGGGUCUACGACUACAUGCCCAGCGAGGACUACUACACGCCCGCCCCGUACGAGGACCUGAACUACGAGGGCUUCGAGAAUCCCGACCUGCCCCCCGAUCACGGCGCAGGGGCCGAGGUUCCCACCAGCACGACCAGCACGGCCAACGCCUCCAAUCCUGCUCCGCCUCCGGAAGAUGACUUGGAAGGCGAGUUUACGGAAGAAACCAUCAGGAACCUGGACGAGACCUACUACGACCCCUACUACGACCCCACGGUGUCCCCGUCGGAGAUAGGGCCGGGCAUGCCCGCCAACCAGGACACCAUCUACGAAGGGAUCGAAGGACCCCGAGGAGAGAAGGGCCAGAAGGGAGAGCCUGCCAUCAUCGAACCAGGCAUGCUUAUGGAGGGGCCGCCGGGCCCCGAAGGCCCCGCGGGUCUCCCAGGACCUCCGGGAACGAUGGGACCCACUGGCCAAGUGGGUGAUCCUGGAGAAAGGGGUCCCCCUGGACGCCCAGGCCUUCCAGGGGCUGAUGGGCUGCCCGGCCCUCCUGGAACCAUGCUCAUGUUGCCUUUCCGCUUUGGAGGGGGCGGUGACGCUGGCUCCAAGGGUCCCAUGGUGUCGGCUCAGGAGUCCCAGGCUCAGGCCAUCCUGCAGCAGGCCCGGCUGGCGUUGAGGGGGCCAGCUGGCCCGAUGGGUCUGACGGGGAGGCCCGGCCCCAUGGGCCCUCCGGGGAGCGGAGGUCUGAAGGGCGAACCGGGAGACAUGGGGCCUCAGGGUCCCCGAGGAGUGCAGGGCCCUCCUGGCCCGGCCGGAAAGCCUGGAAGAAGGGGCCGAGCUGGGAGUGACGGAGCAAGAGGGAUGCCGGGGCAAACGGGCCCGAAGGGCGACCGCGGCUUCGACGGCCUGGCUGGACUGCCGGGGGAGAAGGGCCACCGGGGGCCGCGUGGUCUGUUGGGGCCAAAGGGGCCCCCGGGCCCUCCUGGACCUCCGGGUGUGACGGGUAUGGAUGGCCAACCAGGUCCGAAAGGAAAUGUGGGCCCCCAGGGGGAGCCCGGCCCCCCGGGACAGCAGGGCAAUCCAGGUGCCCAGGGUCUCCCAGGCCCCCAGGGUGCAAUCGGUCCUCCAGGGGAAAAGGGUCCCCUGGGGAAACCAGGCCUGCCAGGAAUGCCCGGUGCUGACGGACCCCCGGGGCACCCUGGCAAGGAAGGCCCUCCAGGAGAGAAAGGAGGCCAGGGUCCACCCGGCCCCCAGGGCCCCAUCGGCUAUCCGGGUCCCCGAGGAGUCAAGGGAGCUGAUGGCAUCCGCGGUCUGAAAGGCACCAAGGGCGAGAAGGGUGAAGACGGCUUUCCUGGGUUUAAAGGCGACAUGGGAAUCAAGGGCGAUCGGGGGGAGAUCGGACCCCCUGGUCCCAGAGGAGAAGAUGGCCCCGAAGGCCCGAAGGGUCGUGGAGGUCCAAACGGCGACCCGGGUCCCCUGGGACCCCCUGGGGAGAAGGGAAAACUCGGAGUGCCGGGAUUACCAGGUUACCCGGGAAGACAAGGGCCCAAGGGUUCUAUCGGAUUUCCUGGCUUUCCUGGUGCGAACGGAGAGAAGGGCGGCAGGGGCACACCUGGGAAGCCAGGACCACGGGGGCAGCGAGGCCCGACGGGUCCGAGGGGCGAACGGGGCCCCCGGGGCAUCACUGGGAAGCCUGGCCCCAAGGGCAACUCUGGAGGCGAUGGCCCCGCUGGCCCUCCGGGUGAACGGGGACCCAACGGACCCCAAGGACCCACCGGUUUCCCUGGACCCAAGGGCCCUCCUGGCCCUCCGGGCAAGGACGGGCUCCCGGGACACCCUGGACAGAGAGGAGAGACCGGUUUCCAAGGCAAGACCGGCCCCCCAGGGCCCCCGGGCGUCGUGGGCCCUCAGGGUCCCACGGGAGAAACGGGCCCAAUGGGCGAGCGUGGCCACCCCGGGCCCCCAGGCCCCCCCGGUGAGCAGGGGCUCCCCGGCCUUGCCGGGAAAGAAGGGACGAAGGGUGACCCAGGUCCCGCCGGCCUCCCUGGGAAAGACGGCCCUCCUGGACUGCGUGGUUUCCCUGGGGAUCGGGGGCUUCCCGGUCCAGUGGGCGCACUUGGACUGAAAGGCAGCGAAGGCCCCCCUGGCCCGCCAGGCCCCGCGUCACCCGAGCCAGGCUGGUCUUUGUGGGAGAAGGAUGGGUGUUCGGGAUGGGAGCCCCCUCCCCUGGCCUGGGGCCGGGAGGCGAGUGCCAAGAAGAGAAACUUCUCCCUGGACCCCCGACAGCCGGCUGUCAGUGACCCCGAGUGUGGCCCAGCCCAGCGUGGAGGCUUCGGUCUGCCGGGACCUCCCGGAGAGAAGGGCGAGACUGGGGACGUGGGUCAGAUGGGACCCCCGGGCCCCCCCGGCCCCCGAGGACCCUCUGGAGCUCCAGGCGCUGACGGGCCACAAGGGCCUCCGGGUGGCAUAGGCAAUCCCGGUGCGGUGGGAGAGAAGGGUGAGCCUGGUGAAGCCGGAGAGCCUGGCCUGCCUGGAGAGGGGGGCCCUCCGGGACCCAAAGGAGAAAGGGGCGAGAAGGGCGAGUCGGGCCCUUCUGGUGCAGCUGGACCCCCUGGACCCAAAGGCCCUCCUGGGGACGACGGUCCCAAAGGCAGCCCCGGCCCUGUCGGCUUUCCUGGAGAUCCUGGUCCCCCUGGAGAGCCUGGCCCCGCGGGUCAAGAUGGCCCCCCUGGUGACAAAGGGGACGACGGUGAGGCUGGGCAAACGGGAUCCCCGGGCCCUACUGGUGAACCGGGACCGUCUGGGCCUCCAGGCAAAAGGGGCCCCCCCGGCCCCGCAGGCCCCGAAGGCAGACAGGGAGAGAAGGGAGCCAAGGGGGAAGCCGGCUUAGAAGGCCCUCCUGGGAAGACUGGCCCCAUCGGCCCCCAGGGGGCCCCUGGGAAGCCCGGCCCCGAUGGCCUGCGAGGGAUCCCUGGCCCUGUGGGUGAGCAAGGUCUCCCAGGCGCCCCAGGCCCCGACGGCCCCCCUGGCCCCAUGGGUCCCCCAGGACUCCCCGGCCUCAAAGGAGAUUCUGGCCCUAAGGGGGAAAAGGGUCAUCCAGGCUUGAUUGGACUCAUCGGACCUCCGGGCGAACAGGGUGAAAAGGGCGACCGCGGUCUCCCCGGCCCCCAGGGCUCCUCCGGCCCUAAGGGCGAACAGGGCAUCACUGGUCCUUCCGGCCCGAUCGGCCCUCCGGGCCCUCCCGGCUUGCCGGGUCCUCCUGGGCCAAAAGGUGCUAAGGGCUCCUCGGGUCCCACUGGCCCGAAGGGUGAGGCAGGCCACCCAGGACCCCCCGGCCCGCCGGGUCCCCCCGGCGAGGUCAUCCAGCCCCUGCCGAUCCAGGCAUCCAGGACCCGGCGGAACAUCGACGCCAGCCAGCUGCUGGACGACGGGGCCGGCGAGAGCUACGCGGACUACGCGGACGGCAUGGAGGAGAUCUUCGGCUCCCUCAACUCCUUGAAGCUAGAGAUCGAGCAGAUGAAGCGGCCCCUGGGCACGCAGCAGAACCCCGCACGCACCUGCAAGGACCUGCAGCUCUGCCAUCCCGACUUCCCGGACGGUGAAUACUGGGUAGAUCCUAACCAAGGCUGCUCCAGAGACUCCUUCAAAGUUUACUGCAAUUUCACGGCCGGAGGGGCGACGUGCAUCUUCCCCGACAAGAAGUCCGAGGGGACGAAGAAAGGGUAUCAGAAGACCGUGCUGGAGAUCGACACCCCCAAGGUGGAGCAGGUGCCCAUCGUGGACAUCAUGUUCAAUGACUUCGGUGAAGCGUCGCAGAAAUUCGGAUUUGAAGUGGGGCCAGCUUGCUUCCUGGGCUAG